ACAUUUGGUAAUGGUAUGUUUCCUUUUCACCAGCCACCCUGGCAGUUUCCACAGCGUGUGCCCCCGGGGUAUGGACGUCCACCAGUCAGCAAUGAGGAAGGCGGGAAUCCUUAUUUUGGCUAUUUUGGAUAUCAAGGAUUUGGAGGGCGGCCCCCAUAUUAUUCAGAAGAGAUGUUUGAACAAGAUUUUGAAAAGCCCAAAGAGGAGGAUCCACCCAAAGUGGAGAGCACAACUUCAGCUCCCCCAGCCAAUGUCACAGUCCCUGAGAACAAUUCAACUCAACCAACUGUACCUAGCCCAGGAGGGAAUCAAGGGGGAAAUGAGACCAGCCCAACAGGGAAAGAAGCUCAAGAUCAGAACCCUGGGAAUAACCAAGGAGUACAUCCUGGGAUUAACUUGGCUCCUACUGUUAAUGUCUCAGGCCAUGAGGGACCAGGAGUUCAGGUCCCCCAGAUCCCAAAUCAGCCAAAUGUUUUUGAAAAUUCUCCAAACCCUAAUUUUCGAGGUUUUCCUGUGAGCAGACAAUGGAGCCAAACAGGACUCCCUUCAGUACCUAGACUGAAUGGCCCUUUUUAUAGAAAUUAUCCAAAUCAAAGGACCUACCAAUGGCAUAAUUUAGCCUAUGUAAGCAAACAAAUUGCUCGCCCAGGAAACACAGCUUACCGAAAAGUUGAUCCUUCCAUUUCUAAAAGCAAUUCUCCCAAUCAUGUAUCGAAUCCAGUAAAUAACAGAAGAAAACCCCAAGGUCCAACCAAACACCCUGAAGAAACAAAUGGUGGGUCAGCAGAUCCCAAUCAUGGCACUGUCCAUAAUGAUGAGCAGACUCAAAACCCAAAAGAGAAUCCAAUGACCCAGAGAGAAAGAACAACCUUUCCUACAACGGUUCCAACCAGCACCUGGAGAAACUCACAAGGUUAUGAAACUAACAAAUCAAAUUAUAAAAUACCUCCUCCAGAGGGCAACCCCCCAGUACCAAGUGUCAAUUCAGUUGACCAACAUGAAAAUUCUUAUUAUCCAAGAGUAGAUUCCAGGAGAUUUCCAGCUAGUAUUCAAACAUCAAAUUUUCCCAAGGGAAUGUUUUCUGAACCAAGAAAGGGUCCAUCUGAUACUGUAAUUAACCCACCAGAAACAAAAUCUGGAACCCACCACCCUACAUAUACUGAGGAAGGCCCCUAUCCUCCAAGAGAGUCCUUUUUUCCUGGAAGCAAUACAUGGAACCCCCAACAAAGAUCUCCAAUUUUUGAGGACGAGCCUAUGAAGCAAGAAGAACCUUUACUUUAUCCAGCCUUUGAAGUAAGAGGAAAUGUCCCCUACCCUGAAUACCUUCCCUAUGAUCCCCGGGGGAACUCUCCUUAUUCUAGAGGUAAUGUGUGGGAUGAGCAAGAUGACUUUCCUGGUACUUCCAGGACAGCAGGUCAACCAGGAAACCCAUCACCUCCCCUGAAUAACCCUUCAGGUCAGAGACAUCCAUCAACUUAUAAUGAAGAAGAUCCAAUUGACCCAACAGGUGAUGAGUUUUACCGAGGACCUGAUGCAUGGGGGAAGGAAUCUAGCUUCAAAGAAAAUCAAGUCAAGUACCGUGAAAAAUACCUGUAUGCCCCAAGUCAUCCAUCUGAGCCAAAGGGAUACCUCCAACAGUCCACAAAUAACUUACCAAGACAAAGAGAUUCACCUUAUAGUGAAUAUUAUCCCUGGCACCCAGAAGAGCAUGUUCCAUCUUAUAACAUGGCUCCUCCUCUAACACCACCAGGAGAAAACAAUGGGUAUUAUUAUCCUCCUAAUGCCUUUGAACAGGAAGAGAGUAUACCAUCUCCAUCUUGGGGAUCGUGGGACCAAAAGAAUUAUGUCCCAGCAAAGAGAGGAAGAACGCCAUAUUACAGUAGAAAUUCCUGGGGUCUAGCCACCAAUUCACACAAAUCCACAGCAAGUGUCCUGAGUCAAAGAGAAAAUCGACUCCCCUCCAGCAGCUUUCCAUCUGGGCUUAGAGGAAACCCAACAUACCAAGAAGCAGAGAGCCUCAACUAUGACGGUGAGCAAAUUAACAGGGUAAAUUUACCCGAGAAGGGACAGCUUGCUGUCCCAGAAUCUGUGACUCAAAUCAGUCCAAUAAAUCAAGGAGAAGCAAAUUCACAUCCCCCAGCCAGACAAAGAAACCUCUGCUGUGCUGGUGACCCCACAGGGCUCAAAGCCAGCCCCCUUUUGCCACUGGACUACUCUCCACCCUUUGGUCUCAUUUCAGGGGAACAUGGAGAGAGAAAUGCAGUAUAUACCGAGAGCAGUCACACUAAGCACGCUAGGCACAUCAACUACCCCAUAGGCAUCCAAUCCAAUCAAGGAAACAAUUCGGAGAAAAAUCUACCUGAGAAAGGCGAGAAUCCAGAUCCUUUCAGGGAUGACACAGUCAUGUUGAAAAAAAGCAUGCCGUGUUCCAAAAGGAGUGAAGUAGGCCAGGUAGGAAGUGUGGCUUUUUCUGAAGCCGACUCCUUGCAAGCAAACACGCCCUGCCGCAAAGGUAUCCUUCGAGGAGAUGGGAACAACGUCCUGGCAAAAAUCUUUGGCACAGACCAGUUCAAUGAAAGAACCAGUAACCUUAUUCCUGAGGAGCUCGAGGCUCCUGAAGAAAGCCCCAAGCCAGAAAACAUCCAGAGUGAAGGGGGAAGAAGUGAGGGUCGCACGAAGCAGAAAGGGGUGCCUAGUGUCCAACAUGUGCCAUGCCUCCACUCCAAACUAGAAAAGCACGUCACUUCCAACACGGGAACUCCGCUUGGCAAGAGAAGACUAGGUGCAGCGGAUGGAGAGCCAGCAGUGAGCUCUGCCCAGCCCAGCAGCUCACUGCCUGGACUGGCAACCGGGGAGCAGCUUAGUGGUCCUGAUAUGAACCCACUCAUCUCCUCAGAGAAGCCUCUUUCCUUUCCAUCUCUUCCAAGAGAGAUUCCAAGAAAUGCAGAGCCUCAGAUGCCAGACUGCCUGCUGCUUCAGACCCCCUGA